GUUAUGCUAGUAGUACUGUUUGGAACGUUCGCCGUGCCGCGUGUAUGUUGUAAGUGUUCCGUUAAACGUACGCCUCGUGUACAUAAUCGAGUGCGCCAUGUGGUCAAAAGCUUGGCUUGUCAUGUGUAUUACAGCCGUAUAUGCAGUGGGAAAUUUAAAAGUUGGUGACGAAACAAGAACGCAUCAGGCUGUUAUUCAAAGUUCAAUAACCCAAGAUAGUGAAAACCAAGAAAGUACGAAACAAAAUGUUCCUAUUCCAUUAAGUACCAAUGAAAGAAAUUCGAAAGUUACUAAAAGCAAAGGAACCGAGGUGGAUGAUGACCUUUUAGAGUUUUUGGUUCGUAUAGCAGAUAAUCCAGAAGAAUGGAAUAGAAUUCGCCGUGUUUUAAGUUUGCUGGGACAAGAUGAAUCAAGUUCUAUGGCUACAAUGACAAAGAGUAGCUAUAACUCGCCACAAAUAACACAUACUAUUCUGCCAUCAUUGUCAUCAUCAUCACACAGUCAGUUACCAAGUCAAUCCAAGUCGCCAAAAACUUCUUCGUGGCCAUCUAGUACUUGGAUUUUGGAAGCGAUGAAAAAAAUGAAAAAAGCCAAUGAAAUUGAUGUCUAUGACUACAACGACGACAACAAUGAUGAUGAAAACGAUACUGAUGAAGAUGAAGGAUUCAUGACCACCACUAUAUAUCCUACGAGGAAGCGAUAUAAAACUCAAACAGGACAUAUGUCCAGGUAUCAAUUUAAACGCGUUAACGGGUAUGCGGACAAUGACCGUAUAAAUGGUACUUAUGUAGCUGUUUUUUCCAUGUCAAAUGACGAUCUCAACAAUAAUCACAUAGCUAAAGCUCAAAAUAAACCACUUACAAGCAAAGAACACCAACUGGUAAGACAGAAGAAACCAAAACCGGAUGAGUAAAAUAAAUUUAUAUUUUAAAAGGUCAUUUCAUUGUUACUAUCAUCAAACCAGAAGAAAACAUUUUAUAACGCGAUUGAUCAAAUAUUUUUAAAUAUAACGCAUUUUUAUUAAAUUAUUUAUGUUAUAAUAUUUUAAAAUUAUUAAGUAUUAUAGAACCAAAUUGAUCAAUAUAAGUUAUCAUGUACGUUAUUUUGACUAAGGUAUAUGGUUGUCAAACUUUGUGGCUAUUUUCUAGAAGAUAAUGUGUUAAUUUUAUGAUUUUUUAUCAUGAUAUUAAAUUUUAAAAUUUGUGGGUAAAUAAUAAGGUUCAUGAGUUUAAUAUUAUUAAACAUAAAUCAAUUUUUUGGUUGUUCAUAUCAAAAGACUUAAAUUCAUUAACUUUUAUGAGUUUCGCAAACUUUUUUCUUUCAAAAAUAUCAAUAAAAUUGAAAAUAAGCUUUGAAAAAAGCCACAUAAUUUAAUUCGGUAUCUAUAAUUACUACUUUUUAGGUAUGAUUGUUAUAUUAUUACAUCA